AGACCUCGGAAGUAUAAAAUAAUUGCUUUGCUAUACGUUUUAUCUUUAGCCCUGGGAAAUAAUUACGCAGCUCAUACUAUUGACCCUUUAAAAUCGAUCAUCAAAAAGGAAUUAGACUUUUCAAAUUCUAAAUAUGGAGUCGUUCAGUCAUCUGUUUCAUUGAUUAAUACAUUUCUACCAAUUCUCGGUGGAAUAUUUCUUGAUACAUUUGGCACUUUAGUUGGUUCUAUAUUGGUAACUUCUCUUAUAGCUAUAGGAAAUAUAUUAGUUGCAUUAUCAACUAAUUUAAAAUCAUUUCCAGUCAUGAUCAUUGGUAGAAUAUUAUAUGGAUUUGGAAAUGGAAAUAUUAAUAUCGUUCAAGUGACUAUACUAAGUCAUUGGUUUAAAGGAAAAGGACUGGCUAUCGCUGUGGGAAUCCAGAUCGCUGCGUCAAGAUUGUAUUCCUUCUUGGCAAUUAUAACAGUUGUCCCAAUCACAAAGGUUACAGGAUCAUAUAAAUGGGCAUUUUGG